AUGGAUCGCCUCAAGACCAAGCGGUCGGCUCGACGAGCACAGAAUAUGAAGAUUCUGCAGGAAGCUCAGUUGCUGCUUACAGAACCAACCGUGGACAAGCCCAAGCUUUCAGAACGAACCAACAGUGACGACGAAGCUCGAAGUGCUCAGGAUACGCGACGUGACCUCAGCAAGUUGCGAUACCGCCAGAAGCUCGUGGACCACCUGUGGAUCCGAUGGAAGAAAGAGUACCUCCUCCAGCUGCGGGCACUUCACCUCUGCCCAUCGCAUCCUAGUAGCAGUCUACAAGUGGAUGAUGUAGUACUCAUCGAGAAGCCUAACAUGUCUAGAGGUCUUUGGCCACUGGGUCGAGUCGUGGACGUCUUACCUGGUCAAGAUGGAAUAAUCCGAGCCUGCCGUGUGAAAGCUGAAGAUGAGUCCCACAGCAACAGCUUCGAAGCGUGGGCCACCACAAGUGCUGCCGAAAGCCAAGCCGUAGACAGUGGCGGGUCCUUGGAAGGUGACGGGGCCGACGUCUUGACGUGCAGCGAUUGUGGCUUCACGAGUUACGACGAAGCUGCGUUUGUGGAGCACCGACAAGCGGUCCACGAGUUCCGUAUCGUUGAUCCGGUGGCGGUUUACCAGUGCCAGUACUGCCCGUCCAAGUUUUUGCACCAUGACCGCCUGCUGUGCCACCUACAGAGGCACACCAGCACGGGUUCCUUUCGCUGCUUCCUGUGUGCAAAGAAAUUCUCGCGCGAGCAGCACCUGGUGCGCCACGUCAUGACGUUGCACAGCAGGGUCGAGAGCUUCCCCUGCCACGUCUGCCCGAGCAAGUUUUCCCGCAAGGACAACCUUGUUGCGCACAUGCGGAAGCACCAGACCGACCUUUCCAAGCAAUGA